UGAAAGAUACAGUAUUUAUUAUAUGUUAAAAUAUAUUAUCCGAUGGACGCGCUUAGAAGAUUACUGCCUCCGAAAAUAUUCGAAGUUAUCGACAGAGCCGGAAUUUGCACUGCAAAAGAAAUUCUAAUUCUUUCCAAAUGGGAUAUAAAGAAGCUAACAAAUCUCAGUACCGAUGAUAUUUUAUUUCUUAAAUCUAUUGUUGCUGAUUGUGUUUCGCCAGAAAGUGUAACCGGUGAUAUGUUGUUAAUAAGACAAAAUCCAAGAGUUUCAAGUGGUUGUGAAGCAAUAGAUACGAUCAUAAGUGGUGGUUUUCGGGCAGGUGCCCUUACAGAAAUAUUCGGUGAAAGUGGUUCUGGUAAAACCCAAAUUGGACUUCAAGCGGCAGCAAAUACUUUCAACUCUGGUUCUGUUUUCAUAUGCACCGAAGAUGUGUUUCCUGUUAAAAGAUUAAAACAAAUGCAGCAAUCACUUCCUAACUAUGUUCUUGAUGAUAACAUUGGCAAGAACAUUUUUAUCGAACAUGUCACAGAGCCAACUGAACUACUAUCCUGUGUGAAGGUGCGGUUGCCAAGACUUUUGAAUGAUCAGAAAGUUUCACUAAUUGUUGUAGACUCAAUUGCUGCACCACACAGAACUGAAACAACAAAUUAUGUUCAGAGAGCUGAAGACCUUAGAGAAUUGGCAAUAGCUUUGAUAGAAAUAGCUAAAAGAUAUAGUAUUGCUAUAGUUUGUAUUAAUCAGGUUACAACAGCCUUUGAUGGGACGGAUAGUAUAUUGCCAUGUUUGGGUCUUGCUUGGUCCAAUAUGGUCUCAACCCGAUUGAUGUUAAAGAAAACCUCAAGAACAGUAGUUCUGAAAACUAAUGAAUCCUCUUCUGCCCAAGAAUAUUUGCAUGUAAGAGAACUGUCUGUGGUGUUUGCUCCUGAAUUGCCUAACAAAACAACUGAGUUUGUUAUCACUUCAAAUGGUAUUAUAGGUGUUUAAAAUAUGAGAUUGUAAUUUACUAUUAUUUAAUAAGAAUAUCAAAAAUU